AGGAGGAGUAGGUGGGCUGGACCCGUUACUAGGUGGGGUUUGUGUCUGAGCAUAAAUACGCUUUCUCUGCCUCUGGAACUCCCCUGAAACUUUACUAAGACAAACCUCCUGCUUCCCAAAAGCCGCUCAACAGACUCUUCAGUCCCAUCAUGUCUUUCAUCAACGCCUUCCUGCAGCAGACCGUCUAUCUGGGCAUGCCCGAUGAGUCAGUCUUGAAGAAUGAGGGAACGGUGACUGCAGCCCCCAACUUCAGUGCCAGUGGAGAUGCUGGAGUCUUGGAUAAGGCCAUCAAGACCAAAGGUGUGGAUGAGAACACGAUUAUUGAAAUCCUGGUCAAAAGGAGCAAUGAGCAAAGACAACAAAUCAAAGAAGCUUACCAGCAGGCCAGUGGCAAGUCUCUGGAAUCAGCUCUGAAAAGUGCUCUGAAGGGAGAUCUGGAGGAUGUGGUGUUGGCUCUGCUGAAAACACCAAGUCAGUAUGAUGCCCAGCUCUUGAAAUUGGCCAUGAAGGGUUUGGGAACUGACGAGGAAACCCUGGUGGAGAUUCUAGCCUCCAGAAACAACCGGCAGAUCGUUGACAUAAAGAAGGCUUACAAAGAAGAAUACAAGAAGGAUCUGGAGGAAGACAUCCGGGGCGACACCAGCGGAGAAUUCAGGACUGCUCUCCUUGAACUCUGCAAGGCCAGCAGGACUGAAGGAGUCUCCGAGCAGCUGGUCGACAGCGAUGCCAGGGCUCUGUAUGAGGCUGGAGAGGGCAGGAAGGGCAAAGACUGCUCUGUCUUCAUUGACAUCCUGACGUCCAGGAGUGCCCCUCAUCUCCGUAAAGUGUUUGAAAGGUAUUCAAAGUACAGCAAGGUGGAUGUGGCCAAAGCUAUCGACCUGGAGAUGAAGGGGGAUAUUGAACGUUGUCUCACAGCUAUCGUGAAGUGUGCUGGAAGCAGGGCUGCCUACUUUGCUGAGAGGCUGCACUUGUCAAUGAAGGGUAAAGGUACCCGCAAACCUAUCCUGACUCGCAUCAUGGUGAGCCGCUCUGAAAUCGACAUGAAGCGCAUCAAAGAAGAGUAUAAGAAAAACUACGGCAAGACACUCUACCAGGAAAUUCUGGAUGACACGAAAGGAGACUAUGAGAAGAUUCUGCUCGCUCUCUGCGGGGAAAAUUAGAGAAAACUAGAAGCCGAUUACUGAGAUCAAAGCUCAAACAGCUGCGAUGUCCAGUCACCUGUUGUCUCAUGACGCUUGUUGUGCCUUAUCUGCUUGUCGAGACCUGACGAGGCUUUUUGUGACUGUCAUGACAUUUAGAAGAGAACAGCAAACAAGCAAAGAUUAGCAUGGAGUUGAGCACGGCUUAAGCAGACAUUUUCUUCUAAAGUUAUUCCUUAUUUCUUCCAACAUUCCUGCACAGAUCUGACAGCAAUAUGCCCACUGACUUAUGCUCUACACAGAUUUUGCUUUGCACUCAUUAGAUUAUUUUUUUUGGUGCCAAAGAAGCCGGAACCAUCCAUCACAGUGCAGCUGCUAUGCGGAUCACCAAGUACCAGCCAUGGAAUGGUACCAUUACACCUUGAAGGAGCUUUGAUAUCGUGCAAAUAAAAGCCUUUUUUAAUGAAGACCAA